GCAAAUCACGUGUCUUCCUUUUUAGCCGCCAUAUUGGUUAUUGCAACUGCACGUGUAAGUUUUUAAAGAAUUACGUAGUUAAACAAUUACAUAUUACACAACCAAACGUAAAAAGUAUCUAUACUUAAGACUAAGAUCCGUCAGAAACGAAAUUUGCUUUAAACGCUCUUGUUAAACAGGCAUAAUGCAGCUGUUUGUUCGAGGCCGUACUACACACACUCUCCAGUUGACUGGAAAUGAAAAUGUCAACGAUUUGAAGACAAAAUUGGCUGAAGCCGAAGGAGUUCAAGUUUCUGAGCUUGCUCUUUACGCCGCUGGUGAACCUUUGGCAGAUAAUGCCCAAUUGAACUCAUGCACUGAAUUGUCUACUUUGGAUUUGGAAGUCCGUCUUCUCGGUGGUAAAGUUCACGGUUCUUUGGCUCGUGCUGGUAAAGUAAAGGGACAGACCCCCAAAGUCGACAAGCAAGAGAAGAAGAAGAAGAAGACUGGUCGCGCAAAGAGACGUCUUCAAUACAACAGACGAUUCGUCAAUGUUGUUUCCACUUUCGGACGUCGUAAGGGACCUAACUCUAACAGUUAA